AAUAAUUCCUGCAUAAAUAGUUAAAUACGACACUGCUCUUUCGCAUCUUCAUCAAGCUGCCUUCUUCUCUUCAAUUAUAAUAGGAAGAAACGAUUUUUUUGGUCAAAUCCAUCAGUUUAAAGGAAUGAUGUUGAAGUUUUUUGCAUGGUUCAUAGUUUUGUCAUGUACAACUGCCCUUUCAUGCGGGAAGCUUGAAGGUUUUCCUUUACCAAAAUCUCCAGCUUUCAAUCUCUCAGGACCUGUUGCUCAAGGACACGACGCCCAUGUGUUGAAGCAUGCAGGUCUCAACAGGAUGGUUAGCUCGGCAAAAGUCGACGAUAAAGAUGAAUACUACAAGCAACAUCACAAAAUUUUUCAGUCUGAGAAAUCAAAGGGUGGAAAAGGUGCAUACGGUGGUGCAGAUGUCCCCCACCAUCCUAACAAGAAAAACGCAGCUCCACCGCUCCUCAACCCACCGUGCCUUGUGUUAACUGUUGCGUUACAUGUAAUCUUCACCCUUAUCCUAUCAUUUCCAGCUUUAAUUCUCAAUAUAUUCUGAGAUCACCUACAAACAAAAGGAACAAGACAACUGAUCCAACUUUUUCCGUCUUUUUCUCUUUUGGAUGAAGCUAGAACAAUUCGAAGUCUUUUUUUAGUUUUUGGUGAAAGAUUUUAAGUCAUAGAAAGAGAAUGAUUAUUAGAACACGGUCCAUAACCUCCGUAUUUUGUUGCAGCUUGUUCCUACUUUCUACCAAUUCUAUUAUCGUUUAAAUAAAGGUUUUGUUAUUUAUA